AAUUCUACGCGUCAUCUUCGAAAAAAAAAACAAAAAAAAACUUCGUCACGGAUAUAAUUUAGGUUGCACUGAGAUGUUCUUCAAAAUUAAAACCACGGUGAAAAAAUUCCAGACUUACGACAGCUAAUUUGAUACUUUUAAUACCUUUAAUAAUGGAAAACUCAAUUCAAUGCUUUUUUAAUACUUUUAAUAACCCGCGGGUACCCUGCUAUGAUUUCAACGUAUGCAACAGGUUUCAUCAAACACCUUCAAAAGUUGAGAAAUACUCCUAAAACAUAAGAAAUGGAAAACCUAUUAGCAGUUUGCUUCUAUGCCUCCCAAAACCUUUCUCCCCCACCUCUAUUUACACUUUUUUGGGCCGGUUUCCAUUCAGCUGGAGCAACCAAAACAUUAAGAGGCCGCUCUUACCAUUCGUCAUGCAUUACUGUGUUGACCCACAUUUGGCAACCAGGAAGUUGUAAAAAAAAAAAAAAAAGUCAGCAUAGGAACCGACACCAAUACAGCUUCUUGUUAUGCUUAGAGGAUUAAAGUACUGUCCCCCCCUCCCCUACUCAACCCUCCCUCUUUCUCCUCAGAUGAAAAUAAAAGGUUUAUAAAGUCAGGGUCAGACGGGCUAAUCGGCUGUCUUACAGGCAGCGUGUGACUUUGUUUUGCAGCGUUCAAAAAAAGUGCCACCAAAAUGCACAGUGUCAACAAAUGUCAUUGAGCAUCAAAGCACGUGUUAAAGAUUACAAGCUGUCCCCUCCUCUCUCUCGCUCCCUCGCUCGCUCGCUCUUUCGCUCCCUCGCGGUGCCUCCAGCUUCUUGCUGUUGUCGACUAUUGGAGCUACCAGCUGACCUACUUUCUCCCUCGCUCCCAGCGCGAGUGCGACUCGCCUCGCCUCGCCUCGCCUCACCGCUGUUUACAAGGCCAGCUCGCGAGGAUCCGACCGACGCGCUUUUUCUAUCGGAAAUUCCUUUCGCACGUCGGGGUCGCCGCAAGCGCGCUCAUCGGCCGGCGUUUUUUUCCCUCUUCCUCUCCCUAUUAAUGUCCCUUAUUAACUCGUUAUGCAAUCGAACGCAUGCGAGAAGACUGCGCACUCUUUUACUUUGCUGGGGAUUAAAAGACCAGGAGCGAAUUGGCGAUGAUUGUUUUCUUCCGGAUGUCCUUUCUUUGAAAGGAUUUGGCCUUCGUCGGGCUGCCGGUGUGCACUAGUUUAGUGUGAAGGUGCGCUCAGAUGAGGUCAGCUCGGAUAAGAAUCGAGAAAGGGCCUGGAUGGGAAAGAGCGUGAGUAUGGACAAUCUUUCCGACUUCGGAGGCCCAUGUCCUUCCAGCCGCAGAGACUGGGAUUCCAGCAGCUGCAUCGAUGAUUUGAUGGACGAAGAUGAGAAGGACAGGGCAAAAAGGGCAUCCCGAAACAAAUCAGAAAAGAAGAGAAGAGACCAGUUUAAUGUUCUCAUCAAGGAGCUAUGCACCAUGCUACAGGGCCAAGGACAUCCUCGCAAAAUGGACAAGUCCACCAUACUACAAAGAACGAUUGACGUUUUACAGAAACAAAAAGACAUCAGCGCACAAAAUGAAACGUGUGACGUGAGACAAGACUGGAAGCCUUCUUUCCUCAGCAAUGAGGAGUUCACCCAGCUCAUGCUCGAGGCACUAGAUGGUUUCUUAAUAGCGUUGACUACAGAUGGAAACAUCAUCUACGUGUCGGAUAGCGUGUCGUCACUUAUUGGACAUUUGCCGUCAGAUAUGGUGGACCAAAAUAUCUUAAAUUUCCUCCCGGAGCGGGAACAUGGAGAGGUGUAUAAACUGCUAUCAUCCCAUAUGCUGAUGACUGACCCCAUUGCUGCUGACUUCCUGGCCAGUGAGGCGCAUGUGGAAUUUUGCUGUCACCUUGCCAGAGGGAACAUUAAUCCAAAAGAGCCACCUGUGUACGAGUAUGUCAAGUUUGUCGGAGACUUCAAGUUUCAUAACAAUGUGCCUACAACUUGUAACGGGGUUGAACUGACGUUACCCAGAAGCCUGCAGUCGUCGACGGAGGAGCAGGUCUGCCUCAUUGCUACUGUACGUUUAGUCACGCCGCAGUUUUUGAAGGAUUUGUGUACCGUGGAUGAUCCUUGCGACGAAUUCACGUCAAGACACAGCCUCGAAUGGAAGUUUUUGUUUUUAGAUCACAGAGCUUCCCCAAUCAUAGGAUAUUUACCAUUCGAAGUGCUUGGAACAUCCGGCUAUGAUUACUAUCAUGUGGAUGACUUGGAGCUUAUAGCAGAAUGUCAUAAGCAAUUAAUGCAGUUCGGAAAAGGUAAAUCCUGCUAUUACCGCUUUUUGACGAAGGGUCAACAAUGGAUCUGGUUGCGGACGCACUACUACAUUACGUAUCAUCAGUGGAACUCCAAACCCGAGUUCAUUGUGUGUACGCACACUGUUGUCAGUUACGCGGAAGUACGAGCGGAACGGAGGCGAGCCUUUGGCCUGGAGGAGCUGUCUCCUCCUGAGAUCGCGCCCUCUUCUGUGAAGGCUCAGGAGCUGUAUUUGGACAUGUGCUCCACACUGGACCCGCCACGAGAAAGAAACAGCGGCACACGUUCCGUAUCCUCCCACAGCUCUCGGAAGUCCUCCCACACGGCUCUGUCAGACUCAGCGUCAGCCAACUCAUACACAGAGACUUGCACACGGUCAUGGCAGUCCGCUUCCAUUGGGACCGAGAGGACGCCUGCCAGAUUACAAGUUGGGAGUUCAAAGAAUUCCAUCCAAAGACAAAAUUCCUUUGACCUGGUGCCCCAAAUGAGCCUCCCCCAUUCUCCUCCAUGCAGCAAGAACGCAGCGAUGCAACAGCAAACGCAGCAACAGUCGCCCAUGUUCCAGCUGCAGCAGCCUCAGCUGGGUGUCAUGAACCAACUAAAGGAGCAACUGGAGGAGAGGACGCGCAUUCUGCAGGCCGAUAUAAAGACGCAGCAGCAGGAGCUGCAUGACAUCAAGGAGAAGCUUCAACUGGCUAAUCUUCAGAUGUUGCUGCAGCAGCCUAUCCACAGUGAAUUUGGUCAGCAGCCUCAGCAGCAGGGCCCAGGCAGGCCGGCCUCACAGAGCCAAUCAGGGAUCACCAGGCAGCACGCGGUCCACCCAAAAGCGCCGUCCUGCAGAGCCCAUAGUUCGUCCCCUCACUCGCUUCUAAGGGAGAACGCUUCUCCCUCGGCACAGGUCCAACCGAGGAUCUCUCGGAGUGGCCAGGUUCAGUCUGUGAGCUUGCCCAUGCAGACAAACACCAGCUUGACCAUGCCAUUUUACACCAACCCCAUGAUGUUCUCUCAGACCAACACGAGGCAUGUACAUGAUGCAAACCAAAGACACACGGACAACGACUUUAGUCAAGACGGACAACUACGGAUGCUCCUGAACCAGCCAAUGCAGACACUGGUCCCCAGCAGCAGUGGGUCCACGCAGCCCUCCCAGCAGUGUAACAUGGGCAUUCCCCAAACCAUAUACACGCUGGAGCAGCAGAUCAUCGCGCCCUCGUUCCCCGUGCAGCAGGUCAACUGCAACGCCGUGCUGGUGCCCUCUCAGGUGUUCACGUCACCUAUCAUGAUCCCGCACAACAGCUUCAUCUCGCACCAGUCGCAGCAAAGCUACCAGACUCAGCCUCAGGCCACCCAGCACUCCCUACAACUGCAGCAGCCCCAGCAGUUCUUUCAGAUGACUCAAGGACUCGUGCACAGCGGCUCGACGCCAUCAUUCUUACACACCGCCAACAUCUCGCAACAAGGCACCGUGGGAUACAUCCAGCAGCAGCCGACGCCGCAAACCCAACAGCCGCAGCCGCAGCAAAGACAAUACCAACAUUCCCAAACCCAGAACGCUAAUGUUUCAGACUUCAGGAACAUGCUAACGCGGUAGCACUGUGGAACGCGCGAGAGCACCGAGCUCCGCUGCUGGAAAUUAAACCGACGAGAGCGGCCUGAACAUUUGAUGCGAAGCCGCUCGCGAGGAAGGAAAACGGCGACGGGACGCACGGCCGAGGAAUGUGACGAUGGGAGGCGGGGCCUUUCAUCAGCAGCCUGCGACAUGCUCAGUUGUCAAUGAAACUAGUGGAUUUAUCCCCGCUGUCAUGAGGACACCACGUUCAUUUCGCAAGUGUCUCUUUGCACUUUUGGUACCACGCCCCCACCCGAGAAUAGGAUAGUAUUUAUUUUUGCCUAUAAAUUUAAUAUUAAAUGUUCCCUCUAACCGGUGGCUUCGCAGUGAGAUUAUUUUCCUGACAACCACCUUAAAAUGAAAUCCAGAGGAUCGCUUUUAAUUUCUCAAUGGGCUCUUUGCACAGUCCGCUUGAGAUUUUUACUGCUUACUCUUUUCUGAAUCGCGUUUCCUCCCACUGCCGCCAUUCACGAGCAUUCAUAAAGAUGGAUUCCCCUCACCCCAAACACACACACAAACAAAAUGCAGAAAUAUCGAUGUGUUUCAGUGUGCAAAUUUGUUAAACUCAAUGGCGAUUGUGACACAACUUUCGUGUACACUGUCGUGCUGGGGUCGGGAACCAAUGUCUCUCGCUGGCCAUAUCUGGCUCUCCAUCAACCCGAAAUCUUAAAUGUGGGACCGCCCGGCUCGCUUGAUGUGAACGAUCUUUGAUGAGAUGAUGGUGCACUCAAUAAUUGAACUCAGAAACAUCAAACAUGUGUUGCAAUAAUAUGCGAUAAUAGUCUCAACCAACUCAAUGCCGAGUGAACUGGAGUAUAUAAAAAAAAAAAAAGAGAGAGAAAAUUAAACAAAAUUGAACCACAUGGUGCCCUAAGUCACACAGGUGCGCAAUUGGUUUCACUUUCAUGAAUUUUUCACAUGCCAAAUUGUCACCACUUCCAAAAGAACGAGACUUACGAAACGAUUGCCCUGAGAGACUCCUACUGUCUCAGCUCCCUGAUUGUGGUUUCCAUUUCCAGGAAAUAUAAGCAAUGCCACACCACAUUUCUAUGUUAUUCCCAAAGUAGAGUGCACAACCGAGCAACGAUCUUAACAUCCUAAGUAACAAGGCUUUCGUUGUUGUUUUCUCAAAAUCUAUUUCAAUCACAACUCCGCUACUGCUAGUAAAAACCUCUUCAAACUAGUGGCAGCCUAGUGUGAGGGGUUCAGCAGAAACCUAUUUAUUGUGUAUGUGAGCAAAAGUGAGCGUUGGACGGCAAUUUUGAAUGAAUUUACGGCGAGAGGCGUGCCGCGCUGACGUCAACAACGCAUCCAAUAGCAGAGGGGCAGACGUACUAAUACCUGUGCUAUCAGGCUGCUUCGGAAGACGGAUACAUGCGAAUCACGGCCGACGAAACCUUGUUUAAUGCGCUUUUUUAAAGUUUCGCGAUCUCGGGGACACUCGAAAAAUGGCUCUAAUAGCUCUCCUUGCUAAACUAAAUGGUACCCCAAUUUAGGUUUGUGUGAAAAUGUAGUUCAUGAACAACAACAAAAAAACUAUACACCGUCUCACCGAAACUAGUAAAACUCUUUACAUUGCUAAUAUAAUGCCCCCUACUCCUUGAAAGAGGAAAAGUCGUUUUCUUGUGCAACAAGGAAAAAUAAACACAUUGGUGCUUGGGAUUAUCGUAAAUAUGCUAGCUGCUUUUCACUUCCUGACAGUGUCUACGUCAGGCUACGUGACUUCUCCUUUUUUGUGCUUGCUCUUUCUACUGAGCUGACACUAGUGUGAAAAUGCCUUAAAAACCUCGCAUGGACUCUCGUGCAUUCACGAACAAAACUGCUCACAAAACACUCUGACAAGCUGGCAACAUAAUAUAAAGUUAGAAUAUGCACAAUAUGGCGGAAAACAUUCAAUUGACUUGAAGUUCCACUGUGAGACCCCCUAAUUGGCCUAACGACAUAUUAUCGUGUACUUACCUUAUUUAGAUCCAAAAACUCCAUGUAGCAUGUAUGACCAAGUAUGAAGACACAGCUCUGAAUGGACUUUUUGGGGAUUUUAUGGGUGAAACACGGUAAUAUAACAAGGGUCGCGAUGCAGAAAUCACAGACAUCAAGGAGUGGUCAAGAUUUUCUUUUUCAAAUAUUUACCCUUUUAAACUCCCCCCCCCCCCAAUUUUUCUUUGUUUGAAUCGAUUAUUUAUCAUCUAAAAUAUCGGGUAAAAAUGUGACAGGAACAAAAAAAUAAAUAAAAUUAAGCGAUAGUUAUAAGGUCCAUAUCCGUGACCUAUUUACAAUCUUUUUUUUUCUCAUUGUGACGUAAUUUGUUUAAAAGUUGAAAAUAGGCAAGGGAAAUUUUUAUUUAUUUAUUUAUUUAUUUAAACUAAAUAUUAGGCCUAAAUGAAUGAGUCUAAGCUAAAAAUGAUAGACAUUUCAAAUAACUACUAGUAUAAUUACUUACCUUCUUUUUAUGGCUGGGUUGAAACAAAAGUGGUGGUGCGGCGUCUGUAAACGGGGCUCUACAGGGUAAAACGGACAAAUCAAAAAUAGUUCGGGGCCCUAAUGCACCAUCAAACUGCUAUGGCAGCAUACAGACAUAUUGUUCUAUCAAACACAACAGUUUUUUUGGCUUAAAGAGGGGUGCAAGAGCAGAAACUGCUUUUUCAGCCUUGUGUGUUUUCCGCCAUAUACAUUAUAUAUCAUAUUGGCCCGAAUAUAAGACGGCCCUGAUUAUAAGACGACCUCCUCUUUUUCAAGACUCAAGUUUGAAAAAAAGACUUUUUGAACACCGAAUUAAUUUUUGUACAGAAAAUAAUUAAAAGUACAUCUGAAAGAAAUGAUUAUAACAAUAUAUUUGAGAGAAAAAGCAUGUCAUUUUGCCUCAUUCAAAUCUUAAUAUCUGAACAUUUAAAUAUGUAAACUAAAGUUCAAUCACAUUCGUAAAUGAAUGGCUUCUGGUUUUUGAAAUGUAAAUAAACCAGUCUAUUGUGAUAAAACAACAAAAUUGCAAUAACUGCAUUAACCAUCAAAGUGAGGUUUAACUAUAACUGUAGUCUUGAAACAAAUCUGAAUCAGGAAAAACAUUGCAAUAAAAUAAUGCAAACUGGUUAAACUUGAGAGUAGCUGAGAUCUGUCAUGACAGAACAUCGCUUCAAUGAUAUCUGGCGCCAUCUAGCGCCGUGAAUGGGUAUAAUGUCGAGACCCCGAAUAUAAGACGACUCCCACUUUUUCAGUCUUAUUUCAAUGCAAAAAACACCGUCUUAUAUUCGGGCCAAUACGGUAUAUACAAAUAUACUAGGGCUGUCAAACGGUUAAAAUUUUUAAUCGAGUUAAUUACAGCUUAAAAAUUAAUUAAACGUAAUUAAUCGCAAUUCAAACCAUCUAUAAAAUAUGCCAUAUUUUUCUGUAAAUUAUAUAUAUAUAUUCUGUAAAAUAAUUUCUUGGAAUGGAAAGAUAAGACACAAGAUGGAUAUAUACAUUCAACAUACGGUACAUAAGGACUGUAGUGGGCAUUUCACUCUACUGUCAUUUAAAUCUGUCUAUGCUGUCCUCACUCCGAAGCGUCUACUUUUUCCAAAGCUAGAAAGCUAGUGAACGACGCCUUAAUAAUCAGACUUCUUCCUAUUUCAUCUGAUUUAUUAAUAAAAUGGCCUCAAACCCUGUCCUCUUUAGACUGUAGUGAAACUACAAAAAAAAAGUACACAAGCAUUGCAUUAGCAACAACGUUAGCUUAGCACGCUACAUAGGUUCACUAAACAUAAACAAAAAGCGUCUCAUACAAAAAAUAUAACAUUUCGCUUACUAACAUAAUAUGAACAUUCUUUACAACAACCAUACUUACGGACAAAUCUUGUCUAAGGAUCAUAUAAGCACAACAUUACAACGUAGGCGUCAGCCCGAGACGUCGUGCAGCCAUAUUGAACUGGCAAGAAAGCAAUAAACCAUGUCACAAAGCGACCACAAGAGUUCGCUGUUAGACAGCACAAAAAACCUUGCUGUAAAACUUACCAAAAGGCAAAAUACUGUCUGAGCGGGACAUGUGCGUUAAUUGCGUCAAAUAGUUUAACGUGAUUAAUUUAAAAAAUUAAUUACCGCGUGUUAACGCGUUAAUUUUGACAGCCCUUAAAUAAACACAUAAACUCUCACAGCUCUCGUGGAAUCACAUUGUAAAAUGUGUCUCGGUCAAAAAGGUUCCCGACCCCUACUGUAGUGCAUAAUUACAUGAAAAGUUGAAAUGGACUAAUUGAAGAAAGAAAAUAAAAAUAACAUUUGGAUUUCAAAGCUUUAUCAAAUUUGAUGAUGACAUAAAAUGUAUUUAAAAGAAAAAAGCAAAGGUUUUAGUGCAAAGAGCCCAUUAGGUGAGUUGGAUAUCACACCCCACAAUCUCCCCAAGGAUAUGUUUGAUGUCUAGGUUUGGUUUGAACAAAGAAAGACUUCUUGAAGAGCCGUGCAAUGCCUCUGCUCACGUGUUAAACAACACAAUGGACGGUGAAGGGUUGUCUAAUGUGCCUUUUAACCAUGCUACUAGUGGUGCAGUUCCAAUGUUGUCCGACUACGGCUUUAAAAACGAUGCUCAGGUCCAUUUGGAGUACAAGGUUUAUUUUCAUGAAUCAUAAAUGAUAUAUCCCCCCAUAUUAGAUUAAAAUGACAUUUAGAUUUGUAUUGAUAUAUAUUUAUAGAUUGGAUGCCUUUAGAAACUUAAACAUGGCCCCACCAAUCAAUCAGCAAUGCGAUUAUCAUUAGUCAGUAAUUUAUUUUUCUAGGAUACAUUUUCUUGAGAUUAUGAUUCAUUUUCAUGUUGAUGGGUCACCAAUGGUCUUAAAAGUUUUACACUCACCUCAUUGCAUUUAAUUUUUUGUUGUUGUUGAACUUAUUCAUCAAUUAGCGAUGAUGUUUUAGUGCCAUUGACGGCAAUAGAUGUCCAUGUGAUCAUCUUCCCUCCCAGUUUAUGUAUUGGACGUCAAGCAUUGAGUUAGCAUUGAGAGAUUAACAAAAUUAGCUAACAGUUUAAAAUGGAAAAUACAAAACUAAGCUCUAAAAUAAUCUAAAAGGUGUGCCUUUACAAAAAUAAUCAUGUUUUUUAGUUGUUAGUACACACAGUUCAUUGAAGACUUUAAAUUGUGAGAGGCUGAACAAUAUAUUUAUUUUUGUGAUUGAACAAUAUGAGAUUACUUUUAUUGAGAGGUGGGUCUAAUUAGCAUUGCAGCUAUCGAUUAUUUAAGCAGUUGGUUAAUCCAUCAAUUUGUUAGUUUGAAUAAUCGAGCCAUCAGAUUAGGAACAUUUAUUGAUUUGCGGAAUCAAUUUUAGGAGAUGUAAAACCAGGGCUUGCUAAGCUUGCACUUUCAAAAGACCAUUAAAAGCGAAUUCAAAACAAAAUUCCCGGGUGUUUCUUCAAAUGAUGCAGAAUUGCACUUUCAUUUAAAAAUGAAUUAAAAUACCCGAUCUUAGCCGCUAGCUUAAAUGCUAUAAAAUUUUAACAUUUUACAAUGCUCUUAACAAAUCGUUCAAACACAUAUUCCCACCAAAAAAAUGCUAAAUAUACUUUUAAACUAAAUAACGAAUGCAUAUAAAAACGUUUUAGCUCAAACAAAAACUUACCUUUUGCUGGUCUUAACAGAGAGCAGCUGGAUUCAGCCAUGUUAAAUGAGUUAUGUCAUAUUCACUGUUGCCGCUAGAGGGCAGUGUAUCUACCCAAAUCAAUAAAACUAAAUCCAAACACUAUCAAAACGAACAGUUACAACGCCACUCUAAUUAAACGAAUACUCGAAGCAGCAAAAUUGGAUUCGAAGCUUUUUCUAGUCUAAUUACUCAAGUUAAUCAGGUAAUCAUUGCAGCACUAGUUCUAAUACAGUGGUAUGAAAAAGUAUCUGAACCUUUUGGAAUUUCUCACAUUUCUGCAUACAAUUACCAUUAAAUGUGAUCGGAUCUUUUGCCGGAAUCACACGGAUGAAAAUACAGUGUCUGCUUUAACUAAGACUACCCAAACAUUGUUUGGUUUUCAUAUUUUAAUGAGGAUAGCAUACAAAAAAUGACAGAAGGGGGAAAAAUAAGUAAGUGCACCCUCUGCCUAAGGAGACUUAAAAGAGCAAUUGAAACCAAUUUUUACCAAACAAUUUAAGUCAGGUGUGAGCCCAAUCACUGAUGAGUGGUUUAUAGCUGCCCUGCCCACUAUAAAACACAAACCUGCUAAGAAUUGUAUUGAAAAGAAACCUUGUCUUAUGCAUCAUGGCUCGGUCAAAAGAGCUGUCUGAAGAACACCUGCGAUCAAGGAGUGUUGAUUUGUAUAAAGCCAGGAAAGGAUACAAACCAUCUCUAAAAGUCUGGAUGUUCAUUAAUCGACAGUCAGAGAGGUUGUCUACAAAUGGAGAGAGUUUGGCACUGUUGCUUCUCUCACAGAUGACGCCAAGAGUUCAGCGCAGAAUACUCAGAGAGGCAAAAAAGAACCUUAGUGUGUCUGCUAAAGACUGUCAGAAAUCACUGGCACAUUCCAAUAUCUCCAUGCACACAUCAAGUAUAUGGCCAAGAAUGGUGUUCAUGGGAGGACUCCAUGGAGGAAGCCACUGCUGUCUAAAAAAAAAGCAUUGUUGCUCGAUUAAUGUUCGCAAAAAGGCACUUGGACACUCCACAGACGUUUUGGCAAAAUAUUUGUGGAGUGAUGAAACCAAUGUUGAAUUGUUUCGGGGUAACAGACGAUAUCAUGUGUGGAAGAAAAAUGGAACAGCUCACUAACAUCAACACCUCAUCCCCACCGUGAAGCAUGGUGGAGGAAGCAUCAUGAUUUGGGGCUGUUUUACUGCCUCAGCCCCUGGACAACUUGCAAUCAUUAAUGGAAGAAUGAAUUCAAACGUUUUGCAGGAAAACCUGAGGCCGUCUGUUAGACAGUUGAAGCUGGAUGCUGCAACAAGACAAUGAUCCAAAACACAGAACAAAAUACACGUUCUGGAGUGGCCAAGUCAAAGUCCAGACUUAAAACCCAUUGAGAUGCUGUGGCAUGACCUAAAGACAGCGAUUCAUGUCAGACAUGCCAGGAAUCUGACUGAACUACAGCAGUUUUGUAGAAAAGAAUGGGCCAAGAUUAGUCUUGAUCGAAUGCGCAGGACUGAUCUGCAGCUACAGGAUGUGUCUGCUAAAGUUAUUGCUGCAAAAAGGGGCACAAAAUAUUAAAUGUGACGGUUCAUUUACUUAAUUUUCCCCCUUCUAUCCUCGUUAAAAUAUGAAAACCUAUAAAUGUUUGGUUGGUUUUAGUUAAAGCAGACACUUUUUUCAUUUGUGUGAUUUUGCCAAAGCUCAGAUCACAUUUGAUGGUGAUUUUAUGCAGAAAUGUGAGAAAUUCCAAAAGGUUCAGAUACUUUUUCAUAACACUAUAUGUAUAUUGCAUUAUUGUUCAGGGUCCAUAGGAUUGCGAAAUUCCAGUCAAUUUCUGUCAGAGAUAUUAUGAGGAAUUAAAAUAUUUUGGGCAUAAAAUGUUCAUAACUAUAUAUGAAAGUGUAGUUCUAUAUAUAUAUGUAGAUAACUAUAUAGAUCAAGACCAAAAUAUCUAAAAUAUCUAUUCUGUUUCAGAACUACAACGUUUGAGUACAACUCAUCAAGUUUUGCACGAAACAAAUGCUAAUUGUUAUAUAAUCUUAUUUAAUUCCCGUUGUUUGAAUAUUUAGCGUUAUGAAAAGAAAUUGACUAAAAGCCCCUUUCUGUAAAAUUGAUUUCAUUAGAUUGUGUGCUUGUCAUUUAUCAGUCAUGAGUGUUUAUUUUUAUUAUAUUUAACAGAAACAUACAAGCUGGAGAGUGUAUGCAAAAUGGCUGUGCCUCAAUUUGAAGUAUUUAUCGGAGGAGAUGAAUAGCUGCUAAUUAGCCAAAAAUCAAACAGUACUUUUUUUUUUUUUUUUUUUGGUCUUCUUAAGUUUUGACAAAUUCAAAUUGGUUCCAGUUGCAUUUGAGUACACGCUCGUUGUUUCACGGCGGUGGUUGAGCACCACAGAGGAAGAAAACAGGCCUAGUCGACACUUUCAACAAUGUGCAAUGUCGUUUUGAGAAUGUUAUGUUGUAUAUUUGACAAGAUUUCACAAAAGAUGUAUAUAUUACACCACAGAUGGUACUGUGUAAAUGAUCUAUUUUUUUCUGAAUUACAAUGACAUUCCUCCAGGCAGAGAAUACGAUGAUUCCACUCACGAUGACAGAUUUGAGACUUGCGAAUGUAGCGUAACUUGAAACACAACCACUGAUACGAAAUGCUCAUUGGAAGAUUUUAAAUCAGGGGUGUCGAACUCGUGCCACGUUCAUGGCAAUUAUAUCUCAUGUGUGUUUCUCCAAAUAAGUUAAAUCACUAGUUAAAAUGGAUUGGAUGUCUAGCGCUGUCAGUGGCACUAAAAUAUGAGCAUUCACAGCCUAGUUUAAGUCGAUUGGACGUCUGUUGUUUUCAAUGGAAGCCAAAGAGUUCAUUUUGGGUAUUUACGGGUAGGGGUUCAGCUAUCGAUUAUUUUAGUAGUCGAUUAAUCUAUCAACUAGUUAGUUCAAAGAAUCGAGUCAUCGGAUUAGGAACAUUUAAUGCGUUAGUGAAUCAAUUUUAGGAGAUUUAAAAGAAAGGCAUAGACUUCAUAAUGCAUUGAUGGGACACGGGGCCGAUUCAUAGGGGGCCUAUCUCAGUCAAAGCUGACCGAGUGGAAACACAAAGAGCUUUUUCCGUUGAAAAUUCUUGUGAAUAAAUGCUUAAAUCCCUGAAUUCUUUAUAGAUAUGGACGUAAAACAGUCUCAAUUCUUGGUUAAAAGAAAAAAACUGGCAGUUAGCGUUUAUUUUACGUAAAUAUGUCAAAUGUGCUGCUAGUCUUUAAGUCACUGUGGUGCCGGCUUGUCACCACAAAGAGCUUUUUACGUUGAAAUUCUUGUGAAUAAAUGCUUAAAUCCCUGAAUUCUUUAUAGAUAUGGACGUAUAACAGUCCCGAUUCUUUGUUAAAAGAGCAAAGAACCGGGCAGUUAGCAUUUAUUUUACGUAAAUAUGUCGAAUGUGCUGCUAGACUUUAAGUCACUAUGGUGCCGCCUUGUCACCACAAAGAGCUUUUUACGUUAAAAUUCUUGUGAAUAAAUGCUUAAAUACCUGAAUUCUUUAUAGAUAUGGACGUAAAACAGUCUCAAAUCUUGGUUAAAAGCAAAAAAAAAAAAAAAAAAAAAAAAAAAAAAACGGGCAGUUAGCAUUUAUUUUACGUAAAUAUGUUGAAUGUGCUGCUCGUUUUUUAGUCACUGUGGCGCCGCCUUGCCACCAGAAAGAGCUUUUUUUGUUGAAAUUAUUUUGAAUAAAUGCUUGAAUCCCUCAGUUCUGUAUAUAUGGACGUAAAACAGUCCUAAUUCUUGGUUAAAAGAAAAAAAACAGGCAGUUAGCAUUUAUUUUACAUAAAUAUGUCAAAUGUGCUGCUAGUCUUUAAGUGACUGUGGCGCCGCCUUGUUAAAAGCAAAAAAAAAAAAAAAAAAAAAAAAAAAAAAAAAAAAACGGGGAGGGAGCAUUUAUUUCACGUAAAUAUUGCGAAAUAUGAGGCUCGUCUGUGAGGAAAUUAGCGGCCGCCAGGUGUAAACAAAGGGCUUUUUCCAUUGAAAACUCUUGUGAAUAAAUGCUUAAAACCCUGAAUUCUUUAUAGAUAUGUGCAAAAAACACUCUCGAUUAUUGGUUAAAAGCAAAAAAACGGGCAAUUAGCAAUUAUUUCAUGUAAAUAUUGCGAAGUAUAAUGCCCGUGCUGUAGCGGCUAAUUUCUCCCAUUGAUUUUUUUUCACAACUUUCAAAAUGCAUGCAUGGUACGAAAAAUAUACAAAUUACCUUGAAUCCUCGGACAAAUCACUCUUGAGACAAUCCUUCCUGUUUGUAUGCAGUACAGCUUUCGUACUUUUUCAACCUAAAUCUGGCGUUAGAUCGCUGCAUGUGACCGACUGUUAAUAAAGCGGAGUGUUGGAUGGUCCCCUUCGGGAAGUUGUGACGCAGUGAAUGGGGAAUGUGUCAUGUCAAUACAUUAUGAAGUCUAUGACAAAGGCUUAAGAUGCACUUUUAAAAAACAUUAAAUGCAAAUACAAAAUAAAAUUCCCCAGUAUUUCUUUAAACAAUGCAGAAUUGCACUUUCAUUUAAAAAUCAAUUAAAAUACCUGAGUUUAACCUUAAACGGUAUUUAAAAAAAGAAAAAUUUAAAUGGGGAUCUAGGUAUAAAAAAGAACACUUGGCUAACUUGCAUAGCAAAAGUCCACUAACUUAAAUGCUAUAAAAUGCAAACUUUUUUUUUUUUUUUUUUACAAUGCUCUUAACAAAUUGUUGAAAAAAAUAUUCCCACAAAAAAACGGCUAAAUAUACCAACACACUAAAUUACAAAAGCUUUAAAAACAUUAG